AUGUAUAACAGCCAUACUGACAUCUGGAUCGCCGGCGCCUUUGCGGCAGUCAUUGUCGACUUCAUUGUCUACCCCGUCGACACGCUCAAGACCCGGAUCCAAUCUCCGGACUACGAGAAAGUGUACAAGGAUGCGCGGACCGGCGCUGUGCGACGCAAUGUGCUCUUCCGGGGAGUAUACCAGGGCGUCUGGAGCGUGGUGUUCGCGACGAUUCCGUCGUCGGGAGCCUUCUUCACCACCUACGAAGCAGUGAAAAGCACCCUCCACGACUCCUCCAACCACAGCGCCUACACUACUGACGGAACGCCUAACGGACCACGUCUGCCCUUCACGCAUUCACUCCCCAGCCCCAUCAUCCAUGCCAUCGCCUCUUCGACCGCAGAGAUGGUCGCCUGCCUCAUGCUCACACCGGCCGAGGUACUCAAGCAGAACGCACAGAUGAUCAACGGCGGCAGUGGCAACAGUAGAAAAUCUUCAGAUAACCAUCAUGGUACAGGCAGCCGCACUGCCAUGCGCCAGGUACUGGCUCGAUUCCGCCGGCAUCCAUCACGGCUGUGGAGCGGGUACAUGGCGCUCGUGGGCCGCAAUCUGCCGUUUACGGGGCUGCAAUUUCCGAUUUUUGAGUGUGUGCGGUCUCAUCUGAUCGACUGGCGGUGGAGAUGCAAAGCUGCUACAGCUACUGCUAGUACUAACCCCAAUCUCACGAGUAAUAGCAGUAGUAAUGGCAACAGCAGCAGCAGUGAUGUCGAUAGCAAUGGCAAUGGUAGUGAAAUACCAUUUGCCCCAAACAAUACAGACCAGCUCAUCGAGCGCGCCGGACUAACAGGUCUCUCGGCCUCGAUCUCGGGGACCCUUGCCUCGAUCGUCACGACGCCCAUCGACGUGAUCAAGACCCGGGUCAUGCUCUCGGCCAGCAACAAUUACAGCAGCUCUAACAGCAAUGAGAACGCUAAAUUAGGUACAAAUGGCAGUUCCCAUGCCGACAAAAUACACAGCAAAGGGACGUUCGCUGUGGGCCGCGACAUCUUCUGCAAUGAGGGCAUCCGUGGGCUCUUCAAGGGCGGGGCGAUCCGUGCGGGCUGGACCGCUGUGUCGUUGAGCAUGUAUCUCAGUCUCUAUGAGGGGGGUCGGUUUUAUUUGGAAAAUCGGCGGAGAGAGCGCGAUGGGGUUGAUCGGCCGGGGGUUCGAUCGGAGGAUGGGGAGGCGGUCAUGUAG